CGCCCGGACAGGGGCGCCGGGCAGCAGGUCCUCCUCUCUUCCAGACUGGGUUGAAAAAGAAAGCGCUCUUCCGCCGAGGCAGAGAAAGAAGCUGUUGAUCAAAAUGGGGUCCCCCCGUUUUGCAGAAAACAGUGCCGACCUGUGUUUUGGGGUGUUCGAAGACGGGCGGAGCGCACCUCUCCAGCAGGGCGCGCAGGUGUCGCUGUUGCCUGCCCGCCUCUCUCUCUGCUGCGCCGGGGAGGGGACUGAGAGAGCAGGGCGGAAGCCUUCUGAGUGAGACUCACAAGAAAACGAUGAUUUAGAGCAAGAACGUCUCCACCAUGAAUCUGAGGGGACUCUUCCAAGAUUUUAAUCCCAGCAAAUUCCUCAUCUACUCCUGCCUGCUGCUGUUCUCCGUGUUGCUCUCCCUCCGGCUCGAUGGAAUCAUUCAGUGGAGCUACUGGGCCGUCUUUGCACCCAUAUGGCUCUGGAAGCUCAUGGUCAUCAUUGGUGCGUCUGUGGGCACAGGAGUGUGGGCCCGAAACCCACAGUACAGGGCUGAAGGGGAGACCUGCGUGGAGUUCAAGGCCAUGCUGAUCGCAGUGGGCAUUCACCUGCUGCUGCUGAUGUUCGAGGUGCUGGUGUGCGACCGCAUUGAGAGAGGGACUCACUUCUGGCUGUUGGUCUUCAUGCCACUGUUCUUCGUGUCGCCAGUGUCAGUAGCGGCCUGUGUCUGGGGCUUCCGGCAUGACCGCUCGCUGGAGCUGGAAAUCCUGUGCUCAGUUAAUAUUCUUCAGUUUAUAUUUAUCGCACUGAGGCUGGACAAGAUCAUCAAUUGGCCUUGGCUGGUUGUCUGUGUCCCUCUCUGGAUUCUGAUGUCAUUCCUUUGUCUUGUGGUUCUGUACUAUAUUGUUUGGUCCGUAUUGUUCCUGCGCUCCAUGGAUGUCAUAGCAGAACAGAGAAGAACUCACAUUACCAUGGCGAUCAGUUGGAUGACUAUUGUUGUGCCAUUACUAACGUUUGAGAUUCUUUUGGUUCAUAGAUUGGAUGGCCACAACAGUUUCAGUUAUGUUCCAGUGUUUGUUCCAUUGUGGCUGUCUCUCAUUACUUUGAUGGCUACAACAUUUGGCCAGAAAGGGGGAAAUCACUGGUGGUUUGGGAUCCGUAAGGAUUUUUGCCAGUUCCUCCUGGAGAUCUUUCCCUUCCUUAGGGAAUAUGGAAAUAUCUCCUACGACCUCCAUCAUGAGGACACUGAAGAAUCAGAGGAGACUCCAACACCAGAACCUCCCAAAAUUGCACCCAUGUUCCGCAAAAAGACUGGCGUGGUUAUCACCCAGAGCCCGGGCAAAUAUUUUGUGCCACCUCCCAAACUUUGCAUCGACAUGCCGGACUAAUGAGCACACGGGUUUGGAAUCUCGUGAUGGGAUGAUCAAAUGGAGCCUGCCUGGCUGUGGGAUUAUUCAUCUCAAAAUUUACUUAGCUGUGAGCCGCAGGAGCCAUACAAGUCUGAUGGUCUCGGUGUUCGUAAAAUGAAGACGUAAAGCUUGGGUAUUUUAAUCCUCUUUUAUAUUAACAGCUACAGUAAGUGAUGGAAAGUCCUCAAUUGCCAGUGGGACAGCAAGAAAGUGGCAUGUCUGUGUGUUAAGUCACUGGUUAGCCAAUAUUUAUGUAAGACCAUUUUUACUUCUUGUCUGUUAUCAGUUGUGAGAGUGUGUGACAACUUCAAAUCCCAAAUGAUAGACUCCAUCCCAAAUGGAGCCUAGAUGAAUUUUGGGAGAGCUCAUGAAAGAACAAAGGAGAAGUCAUGUUAUUCCAGGUCUCGUCAGAGGAGACUGUGGUAGAGCUUCUUUAAUUACCUCUGCCCACUGCCCACUUUAGGUUGUUCUAAUUUUUUAUAGGUUGUACAUGGAAAUUCUCAAAUGUUAGUGUAGCAUUUGAAUUAAAACCUAUUCCUCAAGUUCUGUACACACAAAAUAGUUUCUACAAGUAAACUUUCAUAUGUAAAGUUCACAUGUUCAUAGUUUGGCAUCUGCCUGCACAGGCAUCCGUAUACAUUUCUGUGCGAUAAGAUGUUUUCAUUGUUUCCCCUUUUUGCUUUGUGAAAAUAUUGAAGAGCUAAUGUUUCAUGAUUCAGUGAUUCACUCUUUUCAACUUUAAUAGGAGACCUUGAUUUAGAGCUUCCAACUUUUUUUUACAGUGUUGAAGUUUUAAGCUUCAAAAAAGUGAGAAUCAGCUGGGUUUGGUUUUGUGUUAACUCCCUUCUGUUAACAUUACUUCACAUUUUUGUGUUUGUCUUAUUAAAUCUUUAUCAGUCAGUAGCCUCAGAAAAUAGUGUAACUAAAAUCCUCGCUGUAAAAGAGUCCAACCUGUGGAGACGUCACUAAUAAGGUUGUUAAACUGGAGGACCUACAUGAGAACAAAUAGGGCAAUUUUCAGAAAUGUAAAUAAACAGGAUAUUUAACAUUUGCUUUAUAUCAAGGUUUAAAAGGCCCAAAACUAAACAUUUACAAAAAUAAUUGUAUUUGGAACUUAUAAGUUGUUGAAUUAGAUUAAUAUGAAAACUUAGAAAUGUGAAGUUGUAAAAAUAUUUGCUAGUUUUUGGUUGCAUGGUUGAGCAAAACUAUCUCCAUUUCCACAUACACAGUAGCACUUUUCAAGGAAGCCAAACUUUUGUUAAGUGUUCCUUAAAGCUUCACUAGAGACUCUGUGGACAGAUUCAUUGCCACCUUAUCUGGUCAGAUUCCAGAAGCUAAGCAGGACUAUGCCUGGUCAGGGAUGGGAGACCUCUCAGGAAACCCAGGUUGCAGCUCCAAGUGGUGUUGGUGGACCAGUAGGCCACACUCUUCCUUAUGCACCAGAAUUUCCAAACCGGUGCUGAGUUGGGUACAUUGUACUAUAGAAGGUGCUGACCCUUGGAAGAGAGGUUAAACUGUGGUCUGUCAAAAAGCUAUGGUACUGUUUGUAAGACUAGAUGUGUUGACCCUGGUGCAAUGGCAAAAUUCCACCAUGGAAUCACACAAUCUGGACACCCGGGAGUUCCCCUUUAAUUCAGCUAGUAGCAGCUCAGCUACUAGUGGUUUUUAAGUCUCUGGUGUAGUGCUGUUCUUGGAACGUUGAGUAACGUGUGCCAUGUAAAUUACUGCAGAGAGAAUUUGUUCUCUUUAAACUUAUCUGGUUAAAUACAGGCUUAAAUAAAACUGGUGAGGCUUUCUUCCUUUAACCUAAGCUAGUGUUCCAUGAGGCUGCUGGUACAUAAAUUCUCUGUUUAUACAAUCUGACCUUCCUAAAGCUCCUGCAAAAUUCAACUGAUGAAGCAAUUUCUCACUUCUCCACCUAGUCUACUGUGUAAUCCAGCUUCUGGUGCAAAAUGGCUGUUCAGGUAGAGCUGAACUUCAGUGAUGAAUAAAAUGGAUCCUGUCCUGUUAAAGCACAUUAGAAUCCCUUAGCAUGAAAACUGCUCUAUAAAUAAAAGGAAGUGAGAUAGAAUGGCAGUCCAUUCUUUAAGUUUAGCUUGGUAGUAAUGAUGCAGUGAAACACGAUAGAUGUGUAGUAUAAUGAGCAGCAAUUCCAUUCAUAUGAGAAAAUCCAUAACGAAAACAGAAACAAAUGUUUAUUUUUCUGAGAGCUUUUUUGUUUAACCAUCUAGAAUUAAUUUGUCCAUCUUUGAGAAAGAGGUCUGUGAACUAUAAGCAGCCGCCUUACAGUUCAAGUUACAGGUCAGACUAACUCUAUUGUAAGUUCCCUGAAAUAAUGUAUUAUUUACCAAACUUUACAUCCCUACUGAAUAUGAGCCAGUCCUUUUAUUUUAAAGAGUGGCAUCAUGUAAGUCUUAUCCAAAUUUGGAAAUUACGUUUAUUUUCAUCUGCAGUCUGGACUUGUCAGCUGUCUCCGGUGGUGCUGUCUGUGGUCCACCUUUACUGGUUGUGAAGCCCUCAAAACAUUCUUUGACAAAAAGAGACAAAUACCUUUGUGCAAUUAGGCCUGGCUAAUUGUGUCUUAACUUCCAGCGGCUCUUGUUGCCACACUAGGGUUAUGAUGAGGUGCAGACAGCCUCCCUCUCACCCACCUAGUAGUUUAUCUCUUAGCUUGUAAUGGGCUCCUCUGCAAUACACAGGUGGGUUAAUAUCAUGGAGGAGGUAUUCGUCCAUCUCUGGUGUUUCAGUGACCUACUGACACUCUGGAGGGCACAAGGAACCCUGGCCUGGCAUCUAAUGACAUGACUUCUGGGAUCGAAUCUGCUGCCAGCGCUUGAAGCUUCUUUAAUGGCUUAGCUACUCACAAGUCCCCAUAUUCUGUAUCUUUGUUGAUACACUGAAGCCUCUCUCCAGCUGUACAGUUGUCACAGCUAUCCACUCCUUCUAAACCUUAUACAAGCACAAACUGGCAGCCUGCUUCUAGUGCCGUCCUUUUUAAAGUUCUGAGGUUUCUUGUAUCACACAGGUAUUUUUUUAACGAGUACAGAAUUUUAUGAAGGUUGUCGAACGCUGUUACAUUGAUGCUUAUUUCUGUUCAAAAUCACUCCUUGCUUCCACAGAUUGGUAAAAUGUCUUUAAUCCUUCCGUGUGGACAAAUGUAACUAACCGCAAUGCUUUUUGAUGUCUAAAGUUCCCAAGUUUUAUAAAACCUGUAUUGUUCCGUCCAGUAGGAGUCCUUUUCCUACUUGACAGAAUGUUUCUCAACAGAAGGAUUGUUCAGCAGCACAAUAGGAUUAUUUUUUGUUACCCAGAGUGGUGGAUCAGUUGUGAAUGAUGUACAUUAUGGCGAGGACUAUUAUAUUAUGUGAUAUUAUGGUGAAGACUCUCAGCUGGCCUGAGAGGAGGUGCAAAGUGUGUACCGUUUCUUUUAUUGGGUUGGACCAAUUUUUGUGUUUUACUGAUCUGGUGGUUCUUUAAUGUAUACUCUGUAAGUGUAAAUCUGUGUUCUAAUGGCAAUCUUUAAAGUAUGUAUUGUAAAUAUUACAUCCUUAAUCUGUACAUUUUUUUGAAGUUGUAACUAAUAAAAAUACCAUAUUCCUAA